AUGGAUCAAGCUAUGCACACAGACACGCCCAUUGGGCGGUAUCUAGAUCUACCUCAGCUCCAGCUCCCCCAAAACAAGCCUUUGAAAAUGAUCGAUAUCACUCAAUGGAGAAUGAGUAUUGGACUCAAUGGAUUUUGGAACUAUUGUCAAGCCAGCUCCGGUAGACCAUCUAAUCGCUGUUCCUUAGGAGGUGAUUGCACCGCAGGCAGCACUAAUAGAAAGAAGAAAGGCCGCCGGUCUUUGGUUUUGUCUUUUAUUGUUUUCCUUGUUUCCAUCUCUAUCCUCCUCUCUGGUUAUCUCAACUAUGAACCUCAUGUAAAAGUGUAUUUGAUAAACCUCCUCCUCUUAUCAGGAGAUGUUGAACUCAAUCCUGGUCCUUUAACAGGCAAUCCAAAGGAUAUAUUUAGGACUCAUUCUGAUAAAUUGAUUCAUGCUAUUAGUGAGAAUCUUCAUAAUGUAACUCUUGCACUGAAUGCUAAAGGUCUGAUAACACAACAGAUUAAAGAGGAUAUGCUUGUGCUAGGUGCAUCUAAUUAUGAGAAAUCUAGCAAACUUGUGAAUGUUAUUCAAGAAAUAUUGGAAGCCUCUCUGAAAUCACAUCAGUACCUAACUGAAUUAUGUCAAGUAUUACAAAACCAACAAAAUCAUGCAUUAAGAAAUAUUGCUGCCUCUAUUUUAGGUCAGACUAUACCUGAUGAUGUCUUAAGCUAUGCUCACAGUAUGAAACAAUGCUACAAAGCUGAAGACUGGAUGCAGGCACUGAAAGAUUACUCUGGCAGACUAACGUUAGUAGAGAAACAGGACUACACUAAAGAAGCAGAAUCAGCUGGGUAUCUGCUAAUGGGACAAGUUGAUAAAGUAGUUAAGCUAAGUGGGAACAAAGAGAUAAGUGUUGAAGAUAUCCUCCGACCUGUAGAUGAUUCUCUGCCUCUCAGAGUAGUAAUAAAUGGUCCUCCUGGUAUUGGCAAGACAGUGCUUUGCCAUAAACUGAUAAAGAUGUGGUGUGAAACACUUGUAAACCAACAGUAUGACUUGGUACUUUACUGUCCUUUAAGGAAUAGCAAGUUGGCUACACUAGCUGACCUGUUUCAGGAUGGAACUUCUAAAGUUCAAACAGUUGAUUGGUUCUCUGAUAGGGCUGGAGAAAGAUUACUGAUAAUCUUUGAUGGUUGGGAUGAACUAAGUGAACAACUCAGACAGUCUUCAUUAGUUGCUAGUAUCAUUUACAAAGGUCUCUUACGCCAGUGUUCGGUAAUUGUUACCUCUCGUAGCUAUGCCUCCUCUUCCCUUUUGAAAAUCAAUAACCUUAGUAGGCAUGUUCAGGUCAUUGGGUUUUCUAAGGUAGAAAUAUCAAAAGUAAUUAUACAAACACUUCAAAAAGAUACAACACUAGCACAAGAGCCCGUUGAUAAGAAAAGAGAAGAUGAUAAAGAAGGCAGACAUUUCACAACCGAGCAAACCAGUAAAGACUCUCAACUAGCAGUAAACCUCAUUAAAGAUCUUAGUGUGCAAGAUGAUGUCCAAUCAUUGUGUUAUGUGCCACUACUCUGCUCCAUGGUCAUCUCAGUUUAUUCUGAGGAAGGAGGACACUUACCAACUCAACUGUACGAGAAAUUUAUUCUACAAAUCAUCAAAAGACAUGUAAAAUCAAGACAUGCACCACAUACUUUAGGUACAUUUUAUUUCAGUGAAGAGAUUUUUAAACGUACCCUAAAUGAAGCUGAUUCAUUGCAGUACAGUGUCAGUACAGCUAUUGUACAAGGAGAGGCCGGAGUAGAAGUGAGUACUAGCUGUAUUGAAGCGCCUUGUAUUGCUUAUAUUAGUCGUUAUGGUAGCAAUGAUGGUAAAUUAUGGGAUUUUGUAACAGAUGAUGAAAUAGAUGAAAACGUUAUUGCUCAAUUACAAGAUUCUAUGAUUCGUGCAGGGCAAGCUUCAAAUGAAACUGAUGAGAGUUUCACAUCUGUUGAUACCAAAUGCAGUCACUAUAGUGUCCCUGAUUAUCAUCACUCUGGUCAUCACCAAAAAGUAACAAAAAAACAAAAUUUAAUUAUUAAACCUGAUGUUGACUCACCAAUUGAAGAAAAUGUAGAUCUACAUCUGUCUGAGCCCAAGAUGCCAAUUGAAUCAGAAACAAGAGAAGAUAAUGAUGAGACUCUAAUCACUGCAGCAGUAUCACGUGAUAAAUUCAUGCAACAUUAA